CAUUCGUCUACGUGUAAGAUCACAGAUACAGAUCUCCAGGACAUGUUCAUAACAUUGACUGGCCUGUUGACUGACCCAAUAUGUCUAGCAAACGACGUGACUGCACAAGAGGCUGUGAGGAAAUUAGCAAAGCUUCAAACCGACGUUCUGAAGCUAACAACGGAGGAAAUUGUUGAAUUGUUGGAGGCUGCACAAAACGUACUGAAAAAGAUUGAAAAUAUAACUGAGACGGCGAUUGAUGAGAUCAGGAUUUACAUGGAAAACUGUAGGAAGGACAUUGACACAUCUAAACAGGAACUUAGUGAACACACAGGCAAAUGUAUACAGGAAUUUGACGAAAAUCGUCGGAAGUUUAUAGAAUCUAGCUACGAGCAAUCUUGCAAAGAUUUUCAGCGACGUUUGAUGGCACACUACAAUGACACUUCUAGCUGGGUGCCUCUUUCAAAUUUGGAUCAGAGUCUUGAUAAGCGAAUAACAGAUAUAUAUUCAACGCCAAAAAUACACCGAAUUGAAAUCGAAAAAGAUCGCUGGCAUACAAACACAUAUUUUACACAGGUGUUAUAUCAAAUCGGCGUAUAUACCUACAAGGUGAACCUGGCAGCGAUACAGCAGGCUCGUUCAGAUCCGAAUUUCCGGUCUGCAUUUUCCUUAACAACGCAGAUUCAGCCCAAGCUGCAGAAACUCCUCCAGAACUGCCCUGCAUAG